AUGUUUUUCUCUGGCAGGCAGUGUGGCCAUGUUGGCAGACCUGAAGAACUUUUACUGAUGUUCAAGAUAUUUCUUAUCAUCAUUUGUCUUCAUGUUGUUCUGGUUACAUCCUUGGAAGAGAAUGCUGAUAAUUCCAGCUUGUUAUCACCAUCUGUUGAAUCAGCUUUUGUUGGUUUUGUCCCCUACACCAAUGGUACUCCAGAGGUUGAAACUACAAGCCUAAAUGAUGCUACUUCGAGCGUAUUAUCCACUUUAAACAAAACAGAAAAAACUAAAAUCACUAUAGUAAAAACCUUCAAUGCAUCAGGAGUCAAACCCCAGAGAAAUAUCUGCAAUUUGUCAUCUAUUUGCAAUGACUCAGCAUUUUUUAGAGGUGAGAUAAUGUUUCCAUAUGAAGAAAGCAAUGUUACCCAGCAGAAUCAAAAUACGGCUAAUGACACCUUAUCUGGAGUCCUGUCUCUAAGGGAAUCAAAACGAUCAGAGCUAAACAAAGCCCUGCAAACCUUAAGUGAGACUUAUUUUACCGUGUGUGCUACAGCAGAGGCCCAAAGCACAUUAAAUUGUACAUUCACAAUAAAAAUGAAUAAAACAAUGAACAUAUGUGCUGCAAUGGUUGCUUUGAGAAGAGUAAAGAUUCAACCGAUGGAACGGUGCUGCUGUUCUGGCAGGAUACCAUGCCCUUCCUCCCCGGAAGAGUUAGGAAAACUGCAGUGUGACCUGCAGGAUCCUGUUGUAUGUCUUGCUGGUCAUCCAGAUGGCUCACCAUUUUCUUCUAGCAAUUCCAUCCCAGUUGUUCCUCGGGCCACCAUUCUGUCCCAGGUCUCCAGUGCCUUCUCUUUUGCUGAACCUCUAAAUCAUCCACCUGUAACCCAGAGCCCUGCCUCUCCAACACGAGGGAUUUACCUUCCUUCUCCCCAGCCUUCAGCUCCCCUAGCUUCCAGCUCUGCCAUUGAUAUGCCCCCCAGUUCUGGAACUAUCUUUUCCCCUAUGCCCCAAACUGAUCUUUCCCACACACUGCCAACUGUGAAAUCCUCACUUUCCUCUCCCACCGCGUCUGCCCCUGUGAAUGUCAUCACGACCAGCACACCUCCUGACAAGACAGAAGUUGUUUAUACCAGCAGCAUCAGUGAUUCUGAUCUUGAGAACCAAGUGUCCCAGAUGGAAAAGACUCUGUCCUUGGGCAGUUUGGAGCCUAACCUCGCGGGAGAAAUGAUAAACCAUGUCAGCAAACUCCUUCAUUCCCCACCUGCCUUGCUGGCUCCUCUGGCCCAAAGAUUGCUAAAAAUAGUGGAUGACAUUGGCUUACAGCUGAAUUUUUCAACUAAGACCAUAACUCUAACCUCCCCUUCUUUGGCUCUGGCCGUGAUCAGAGUGAAUGCUAGUAAUUUCGACACAACUACCUUUGCUGCCCAAGACCCUGCACAUCUUCAGGUUUCUCUGGAAACGCGGGCUCCUGAGACCAGUAUUGGUGUUAUUACUCUGCCUUCAUCACUGAUGAGUAAUUUACCAGCUAAUGAUGUGGAGCUCGCUUCCAGGGUUCAGUUCAACUUCUUUGAAACACCUGCCCUGUUUCAGGACCCUGCCCUGGAGAACCUCUCUCUGAUCAGCUACGUCAUAUCGUCCAGUGUGGCAAAUCUGACUGUCAAGAACUUGACAAGAAACGUGACGGUUACCUUAAAGCACAUCAAGCCAAGCCAGGAUGACUUAACCGCGAGAUGUGUAUUUUGGGACUUGGGCAGAAAUGGUGGCAGAGGAGGCUGGUCAUCGGAUGGCUGCUCUGUUAAAGACAGGAAGCAGAAUGAAACCAUCUGUACGUGCAGCCACCUUACGAGCUUUGGCAUCCUACUGGACCUAUCUCGAACAUCGUUGCCACCUUCUCAGAUGAUGGCUCUGACGUUUAUCACAUAUAUUGGUUGUGGGCUUUCAUCAAUUUUUCUGUCAGUUACUCUGGUAACCUACUUAGCCUUUGAAAAGAUUCGGAGGGAUUAUCCUUCCAAAAUCCUCAUCCAGCUGUGUGCAGCUCUGCUCCUGCUGAACCUGGUAUUUCUCCUGGACUCAUGGAUAGCUCUGUAUGACAUGCGAGGCCUCUGCAUCUCGGUGGCUGUAUUUCUGCAUUAUUUUCUCUUGGUCUCAUUCACAUGGAUGGGCCUGGAAGCAUUCCAUAUGUACCUGGCCCUUGUGAAAGUGUUUAAUACUUAUAUCCGGAAAUACAUCCUUAAAUUCUGCGUUGUUGGUUGGGGGCUACCAGCUGUGGUCGUGACCAUCAUCCUGGCUAUAUCCCCAAAUAACUAUGGCCUUGGGUCCUACGGGAAAUUCCCCAAUGGCUCACCCGAUGACUUUUGCUGGAUCAACAGCAAUGCUGUAUUCUAUAUUACAGUUGUGGGAUAUUUCUGUUUGAUAUUUUUGCUGAACGUCAGCAUGUUCAUUGUGGUCCUGGUUCAGCUCUGUCGAAUUAAAAAGAAGAAACAACUGGGAGCCCAGCGGAAAACCAGUAUUCAAGACCUCAGGAGCGUCGCCGGCCUUACGUUUUUACUGGGCAUUACUUGGGGCUUUGCCUUCUUUGCCUGGGGACCAGUUAACGUCACUUUCAUGUAUCUCUUCGCAAUCUUUAACACCUUACAAGGAUUUUUCAUAUUCAUCUUUUACUGUGUAGCAAAAGAGAACGUCAGAAAGCAAUGGAGGCGGUAUCUUUGUUGUGGAAAGUUACGGCUGGCUGAAAAUUCUGACUGGAGUAAAACUGCUACUAAUGGUUUAAAGAAGCAGACUGUAAACCAAGGAGUGUCCAGCUCUUCAAAUUCCUUACAGUCAAACAGUAACUCCACGCACUCCACCACGCUGCUGGUGAAUAACGAUUGCUCAGGCCUUGCGAGCGGGAACGGGAAUGCUUCAACAGACAAGAAUGGUGUUUCUUUCAGUGUUCAGAAUGGAGAUGUGUGCCUUCAUGAUUUCACUGGGAAGCAGCACAUGUUUACCGAGAAAGAAGAUUCGUGCAAUGGUAAAGGCCGUAUCGCUCUCAGAAGGACUUCAAAGCGGGGAAGCUUACACUUUAUUGAGCAAAUGUGAUUCCUUUUUCUAAAAUCAAAGCAUGAUGCUUGACAGUGAAAAUGUCCAAUUUUACCUUUUACACAAUGUGAGAUGUAUGAAAAUCAACUAAUUUUAUACUCAGCAACCUCUGGAGGAACAUAUGCUAAUUGAGGGCAAUGGUUAUUGGAAGAGGAAACCCAAGACGUUAUACAUGGUUUUUAGACAUUUGCUGUCUGGUUUUUUUUAUCCUUCAUUUUAAAAGAAGAUUGGGUUUAAACAACACAGUAAGAAUAAGACUCGUUUAAAAUCAAAGUAGUUCAUUUCUAGCCACAUUUUAAAGAGGCUGAAUCAUCUAUGAUAAGGUCCUAUAAAGCAAC